CUGGCCAAUCAGCAGCGUCCCUCUGCGCGGACCAAUCAGGGAGCUGUUUGCGCUGACGGGACUCCACGAGCACCGUCACCUGCCCGGUGGCUUUUCCCCAUCUGAAGUUUAAACUCAGCUGAUGGAAAGCGACAGGGGAUCACCCGCCUCCUCGUGCAGAAGUGGAAGUUAACGUCAGUGCCCCGGCCGGUACCGUCAUGGCUCGGACCGGCUCCGGUGCGCUCCUCUUCCGCAGGAACAUCAGGCUGGACUCCUUCCUGAAGCGGAACACGGAGCGGACGGUGUACGAGCGGAUCCGAGCCUACGAACCGUGCGUGGUGAUCUCGGAGACCGUCAACAAGGUGUACAUGCACGUGGUGCUGAGCGACGAGCGCGUGUACCUGGCCGAGUACCCGCCGCGCACGCUCACCACGGCCGUUACCUUCAGGCGCGUGCGUGACAUCGAGCUGGUCAAUGACCUCCCAGAUUUCCUCAGCGGGAAGGACAGGGAACGCUGCCAGCACAUACGAAUCACCUACGUCACUGAAAAGCCUGCCGCGAAGGGCCGUGAUUGGCUGAGGAGAGACGGGAGGGCGGGACUUCCUCCUGUAUCUCCACAGUCUCGCAGGAACAGCCACUACCCAACAAUAACACACACUUCAGAAGGAUACCCUGCACUCAGCGAAGAGGUCACAGAGGAGGUUCACGUAUCAAAGCCCACACGUUCCGCCUCCUGUCCGAACUCCGAAACUCUGGGUCUCCUGAAGGUCCCGCACCCUCCCACCCAGCCUCCCUCCACACCUCCCUCCCUCUACUCCCCCGCCAGCUCCCCCACCUCUCCUCUGUCACCCUCGGAUCAUAGACUGGACUGGAAGACUGAGCCUGGCCAGGUACCGAGGAGGAUCGGUUCAGUUCUCUCUCGUCUGUUGAGAAGAGACUGUGUGGACAGCAGAGAGGAGAAGGAGGCCGAGCUGCAUCUUUACGCCGUAUCACAGACGUCCAGACUUUACUUCCACCUGCAGAGCUCAUGGAACAGUUACAUUAUUAGGUCCACUUUGCUGUUAGACCCGCUUUACAGAAGGAGGUGCAGCGCUUUGUCUGACUCGUCUCCUGGAAAGCAACUUCCUGCCAUCAGCUGGGAGCGGACGGCUCACCUGUUUGGUCAGCUGAGCUCUGAGCUCCUGGAGGACGGCAUCAGUAUGGAGAGUCUCUAUCUGCUGCUGCAGGAGCUGAGAACUGCUGCUCACCGCAACAUCGCGCUACGCAGAGUCUUCUGGAGGUCCAGUGAGGUUUGUGUCUUCCUGGUUCAGACUCUGGAGGAAUCUCUGCACGGCUGUCAGAGCCUCAGUGGAGUCUACACAGCUGAUCAACUACUACUGAGCACGCUGAUCGUCCAGACGCUCGCCGUCAUGUUCAGAGAGACGGAGGUCGAGCCAGCCAGACUCAACCUGCUCUCUGCCAAAAAAGGUGCCCUGGCCUCCAGUAUGCUGCUUGCCUUGAUAUGUAAUCCAGAGAUUCAGACACAGAACCAAGGAUCUCCAAUUGACUGUGAGCUUCAGGCCUUACUAUCUGAGUAUCUGGAUGCCGCCUGCUCUCUGCUCUUUGAGCUGCUGCUUUUAGGCUACGAGGCCAGCAGGUGCUCCUCUGCUGACAACUUCCUGUCUGUUGGCUGGAUCCUCAGAGUCCUGCAGCCUCACCCUCACCUGUUGUCCUUCAUUGGUUACCAGGCCCAGCAGGUGGUGCAGGUUUUGUCAGACCCACAGGAGUCAGUUCUGAGUCCCGUUCAGUCUGUUCUGCUGUUCCAGCGCUGUCGCCUCCUGCUGGCCUGCCUGCAGUACAACAGCCAGCUGGGACAGCACCUCCGAGCCCACUUCAGAGAGGAGUUCAGGUACUUUGUGAAGCUGUCGUGUGCUGAGGAGAAGCUGCCGGCUCACUACCCAAUCAGCCAACCAACUCUACGACGGGUGGAACAGAUCCUGAAUCUUAUCCUGCACAGAUGAUCGCACGCAAACAUAUGUGCACUUAUAUCUUGGAUAUUUUUAUCCAUACUGAAAGAAGGACUGUGACAGUGUGCCUUUACAAGGGUCUGAGUGAUUUUGUGUGGCCUUGUUCUUUACUCAGCAUUCUGUGAGCUGAGAAUGUUUCUAUAUUAUCAUUUACUGACAGUCUAUGAUCAGGUAAUGCUUAUCCAUAUAAUGUAAAACAGUUAAAAUUGGGGAACUUGUGACUAUGUUGGAAGUCUGUCAGGUGUCAUUCUUGAAAUUAGAAAACACUACAGUUGUUCAACCUAAUAACCAGCUAUUGCUAAUAUGCUGACAGAUUUGUACAGUUAAUAUUCUGAUUACUGUAGAUUUGUUCAAGUUAAACCUAUAAUUAACAAAAGCACAAUAUACCACAAAUAUGGCAGGUAUGAAUAUUUUCAGUAGUUUCCUUCAAAGGUUUCUUUAAAUGUAGCUUUAAAUCCAUCUUUUGUCUGUGUGGUAUGGUCCCUCUUUAACAUUGUUAAUGUCUGAACCCUUAUUCCUGUAAUAUGAACCGUGUUGUUCAUAUUCUGUUUGUGUGUAUUUUGUUGUUUACAUGUAGUUGUGUGUCUGAUGUUUAUAUAUUAACCUGCUGAGAGUCCUGUGCACUCUAGAUAAAGUGAAGGUGAAUUUUUACUUGUCUAAACAUUGAAAGACACAAUUUGGAGUAAAUGCAUGGUUGUUUUAACCAAGAGCAAUUUGGGAUAAAUUGCAGUUAUACAGUUGUGAGAAUAAACACUUUUUAUAUUA